AUGAAAAGAACAGUUGAUAUUUACAAACCAAAUGUAAAGAAACCAAAACUACCCAAUGGUGGCAAAUCAUAGACAUCUUAUGGAGCAUACUUAAACAGUGAUGUUAAAACCAUUGCUAAAUUGUACUGAUUGUUACCAUUUACAUGAGGAAGGACAAUCUUACGCAAAUCACGAACAAUUACUUUAUUAAGAAUCUUCGAAUAGAGUAGUAAUAAAAAUCCAGUGCCAAAUAGCUUAAGACCAAUUUUUCUUAGUUACGAUAACCAAGGUCUAUUACAAUAGAUGCUAAGAACUCUUAAAAAAGUAUGAUAGGAUGAUUAUAUAUUAAGAAAUAUCAAGGCCAUAUGAAUCAUUAUAACCAAAAAGAUAAACAGUAAUUGAAUCAACAUAAAAUUUGAUAAAGCAAUAUGCAAAUAACAAGUUGAAAAGCAAUACAGAAAAAAGAAAUUUAUGGCAUAAUUUUGUAACAGAAUGUACAUUUAUAUUUACAGCUUAAUAAUUCAAUAAUUGAUUAAUAAGUACGUAGAGCAUAAAGUUCAAGUACACAUAAUAUGCGAUAAGUACCAAGGAGUGAUUUAAAAUAUAGAUCGGCUUAAUCUUUACAUUAUAAUCCUGAUUAUUUAUAAUUUAAGCUAUAAUUUAGUGCAAGAACAAGAUAAGGAUAAUUGGCAUCAAAUCCAAAUAAAACAAAUUAAGACAGUUACAUAUGUGAAACAAAUAUAGUUUGUGAUAUGCAUCUUUUUUCAGUAUGUGAUGGUCAUGGUUAGAAUGGCCAUUUCGUAUCAUAAUAUGUUAGAGAUUAAUUUACAAAAAUAUUGAGAAGAGAUAAUUAAUUAAAAUAGCAUCCUAGAUAAGCAAUAGUUAAAUCUAUAUCAGUAUUAGCAAAUUUAAUAAAUUAAUAACCAUUUGAUACAUAAUUCAGCGGGACAACAAUGAAUGUAUUAUUGGUUUAAGAUGGUGGACAUUUAAUUUGUUCAAAUGUAGGAGAUAGUAGAGCAAUAAUAGGAAAAUUAGGAAAUAAUUAAAAAUUCAAAGCAUUUCCUUUAUCAAUAGAUCAUAAACCUUGUAUCGAGAAGGAAAUGAAUAGAAUUCAUAUGCAUGGAGGUAGAGUAGAUACUUAUUAUGAUGAUUAAGGUAUUAUAUAUUAAUCCAAUAGGUAAUUCGAUUGGACCAGCUAGAGUUUGGGUAAGGGAUGGAAAUUAUCCAGGAUUAGCUAUGAGUCGUAGUCUUGGUGAUUAAAUUGCUUAAUCAGUUGGUGUUUCUAGUAUUCCUGGUAUUUUAUUAAUAUCUAUUUUUAAUUUAGAGAUAUUUGAAUAUUAAUUAACUCCUUAGGAUAAAUUUAUAAUUUUAGGAAGCGAUGGAGUUUGGGAGUUUAUUGAUAAUUAAAGUGUUGUUGAUAUUGUAGGCAAACAUUAUAUGAAAGGCAAUUUAGAAGGAGCAUGCGAUGAAUUAAUGUAGAUCUCAUAUAAAAUGUGGACUUUAGUAAUUUUAUAUAUAAAUAUAAUUAAUUUAGGAAGAUGAUUCAGUUGUUGAUGAUAUUACCUUUAUAGUUAUAUUCAUAAGCUGA